AUGCACAGCAACGGCGUGCAUAUGAACGGUGUCAAUGGCACUUCGAACCGACACCAUGGCGACACGAAUGGCCUUUCGAGAUUGCGCACACAGGAUCAAACAAUUCGGACCGAUAACAACGACUCAUCAUCACCUACAACCAACGGCCAUUCGAGACCCGCGAGAUCGCCGCGACGACCGUCGAACCCUCUCGCACCGCCUUUCAUAGUGUCUGCUCCAGGAAAGACGAUCGUGUACGGCGAACAUGCGGUUGUUCACGGCAAAGCUGCAAUCGCAGCGGCCAUCUCUCUCCGCUCCUACCUCCUCGUCACCACCCUCACCAAGUCGCAGCGGACGGUAGCGUUGAAAUUCACGGACAUCGGCUUGGAUCACACUUGGAGCAUCGCGGACUUGCCAUGGCGAGAAUUUGCGCAUCCGAGUCGGAAGAAGAGGUACUAUGAUCUCGUGACGACAUUGGAUCAGGAGCUGGUCGCGGCGAUGCAGCCACACAUAACGCCUGUGAGCGCGCACGAGACGCCGGAGAAGAGGAAGAUACACCAGAACGCGGCCAGUGCGUUCUUAUACCUGUUCUUGAGCUUGGGGAGUAAGGACAGUCCUGGAUGUGUAUAUGCGAUGCGUUCCGCCAUACCGAUCGCAGCAGGCCUUGGCAGCAGUGCCAGUGUGAGCGUAUGCAUCGCAGCCGCACUUCUCGUACAAAGCCGGGCGUUGUCCGGACCACAUCCAGAUCAACAGACAAACGAAGCAGAAGAGCAAUUGGAACGUAUCAAUCGCUGGUCGUUCGUGGGAGAAAUGCUUAUCCACGGCAACCCGAGUGGAGUGGACAACACAGUCGCAACCAACGGUCACGCAGUGCUGUUCCAACGGAAAGACUACACCAAACCACCCGCUGUCACCGUGCUCCGAGAUUUUCCGGAAUUGCCCUUACUCCUUGUCGAUACAUGCCAGCCCAAAUCGACCGCGGCAGAAGUCGCAAAGGUAGCCAACCUCAAAUCCCUACACCCUGCCGUUGUCGAGAAUACCCUGAACGCUAUCGACUCCAUCACCCGCUCCGUCUACGACCGAAUCACGUCUGACGACUUUGACCCCGCGGCGCAGGAGAGCAUCGUCCAUCUAGGGGAGCUCAUGUCCAUCAACCACGGUCUGCUGACCAGUCUGGGCGUCUCGCAUCCUCGACUGGAAAGGUUACGCUACCUCGUCGACCAGGCCGGCGUCGGGUGGACGAAACUCACGGGCGCCGGCGGAGGAGGUUGUGCCAUCACACUACUGAAACCCGAAAGCCUCUCGAGCGCGGACAGCCAGCUCAACGGACACGCAGCGCACGAGACGCAGAGCCCCCUGCAACACUUGGAAAAGCAGCUGGACGCGGAAGGCUUCAAGAAGUAUCAGACCACCUUGGGAGGCGAUGGCGUGGGCGUGUGUUAUCCCGCGAUUAUCAAUCGGGAAGAAAUCGACAUGGAGAUGUUCUUGACUGCUGAUGGGAGGGAAGGGGUGGAGCGGUUGGUCGAUGGGAGGGAUGAUCGGGACGCUUGGAAGUAUUGGAGACCUUGA